AUGUCUGUGAACAAAGUAAAGUGCUUAUCCCGUGAGAAGCAGUGCCCCAGCCGAUAUAACCAGCUGGGGCUUACCCUGCCCAAACUCAUUCCCAGCCAGAACAAGCUGGGCCUCCAGAAAAGAGGAUGCUGUCUGGUGCUGGGCUACAUGGCCAAGGACAAGUUUCGGAGAAUGAAUGAAGGCCAAGUGUACUCCUUCAGCCAGCAGCCCCAGGAUCAGGCCGUGGUGUCGGGGCAGCCGGUGACACUGCUGUGCGCCAUCCCUGAAUACGAUGGCUUCGUUCUGUGGAUCAAGGAUGGCUUGGCUCUGGGCGUGGGCAGGGACCUCUCAAGUUACCCGCAGUACCUGGUGGUAGGGAACCACCUGUCAGGGGAGCAUCACUUGAAGAUCCUGCGGGCGGAGCUGCAAGACGAUGCCGUGUACGAGUGCCAGGCCAUCCAGGCGGCCAUCCGGUCCCGCCCUGCGCGCCUCACCGUCCUAGUGCCGCCCGACGACCCAGUGAUCCUCGGGGGGCCUGUGAUCAGCCUGCGGGCUGGGGACCCCCUCAACCUCACCUGCCAUGCAGACAAUGCCAAGCCUGCUGCCUCCAUCAUCUGGCUGAGGAAGGGAGAGGUGAUCAACGGGGCCACCUACUCCAAGACCCUUCUCCGAGAUGGCAAGCGUGAGAGCAUUGUGAGCACCCUCUUCAUUUCCCCCGGCGAUGUGGAGAACGGGCAGAGCAUCGUAUGCCGAGCCACCAACAAAGCCAUCCCCGGAGGGAAGGAGACCUCAGUCACCAUCGACAUCCAGCACCCCCCACUUGUCAACCUGUCGGUGGAGCCGCAGCCAGUGUUGGAGGACAACGUGGUCACGUUCCACUGUUCUGCCAAGGCCAACCCCGCGGUCACCCAGUACAGGUGGGCCAAGCGGGGCCAGAUCAUCAAGGAAGCCUCAGGGGAGGUGUACCGGACCACCGUGGACUACACGUACUUCUCAGAGCCCAUCUCCUGCGAGGUGACCAAUGCCCUGGGCAGCACCAACAUCAGCCGCACGGUCGACGUCUACUUUGGGCCCAGGAUGACCACAGAGCCCCAGUCCCUGCUCGUAGACCUGGGCUCGGACGCCGUCUUCAGCUGCGCCUGGACAGGCAACCCAUCCCUGACCAUCGUCUGGAUGAAGCGGGGCUCGGGCGUGGUCCUGAGCAAUGAGAAGACCCUAACCCUCAAAGCCGUCCGCCAGGAGGACGCGGGGAAAUACGUGUGCCGAGCUGUGGUGCCCCGGGUGGGGGCUGGGGAGCGAGAGGUGACGCUGACUGUCAAUGGACCCCCCAUCAUCUCCAGCACCCAAACCCAGCAUGCCCUGCAUGGGGAGAAGGGCCAGAUCAAGUGCUUCAUCCGGAGCACACCACCUCCCGACCGCAUCGCCUGGUCCUGGAAGGAGAAUGUGCUGGAAUCGGGCACAUCGGGCCGCUACACGGUGGAGACGGUCAGCACAGAGGAAGGCGUCAUCUCCACACUGACCAUCAGCAACAUCGUGAGGGCCGACUUUCAGACCAUCUACAACUGCACAGCCUGGAACAGCUUCGGCUCCGACACGGAGAUCAUCCGGCUCAAGGAGCAAGGUUCGGAAAUGAAGUCGGGAGCCGGGCUGGAAGCAGAGGCUGUGCCGAUGGCCGUUAUCAUCGGGGUGGCCGUCGGAGCUGGUGUGGCCUUCCUCGUCCUUCUGGCAACCAUCGUGGCCUUCUGCUGCGCCCGCUCCCAGAGAAAUCUCAAAGGUGUUGUGUCCGCCAAGAAUGACAUCCGGGUGGAGAUUGUCCACAAGGAGCCCACCUCGGGCCGGGAGGCUGAGGAACACCCCACCAUCAAGCAGCUGAUGAUGGACCGCGGUGAAUUCCAGCAAGACUCAGUGCUGAAGCAGCUGGAGGUGCUCAAAGAAGAAGAGAAGGAGUUUCAGAACCUGAAGGACCCCACCAAUGGCUACUACAGCGUCAACACCUUCAAGGAGCACCACUCGACCCCCACCAUCUCGCUGUCCAGCUGCCAGCCAGACCUGCGCCCCACGGGCAAGCAGCGCGUGCCCACUGGCAUGUCCUUCACCAACAUCUACAGCACGCUGAGCGGCCAGGGCCGCCUCUACGACUACGGGCAGAGGUUCGUGCUGGGCAUGGGGAGCUCGUCCAUCGAGCUCUGCGAGAGGGAGUUCCAGCGGGGCUCGCUCAGCGACAGCAGCUCGUUCCUGGACACGCAGUGCGACAGCAGCGUCAGCAGCAGCGGCAAGCAGGACGGCUACGUGCAGUUCGACAAGGCGAGCAAGGCCUCGGCCUCCUCCUCCCACCACUCCCAGUCCUCUUCGCAGAACUCCGACCCCAGCCGGCCCCUGCAGCGGCGGAUGCAGACGCACGUCUGA